AUGUAUUUUAUCGCUUCAUCUGGGGCUAGGCCUGUUUCCGAAAGGCUAAGCAAGAUCAUGCGACUAAGACAACGAAGACGCGCCAAUGGGACAAGAGUUCCUUCCAUAGCAUCAAGAUCUCAAGUGUCUCAACACACUUCAAGACACACAGCGAGCUGCGAUGUUUCUCUCCUUUACAAAAACGGGUGGUUUUUAGCUGUCUAUAAUGACGGCAAUAUCAAUGGAACUUCUGAUGCUCGGAGCCCAGACAGUAAGUCAACAUGUUACGUUUAAGUUGCUUUGUAGUUAUAUUGUUGUCUCAGCGUUCUGCUUAGAAUGACUAAAAUAUUCCACUUUUAGCUCCAUUGCAAUAUAGAAAAUUAAACUGAACAUUUACGACUAAAGAUGUCUCUUUGCGUAUGUUAAUAUGUUGUGCUCGGACAAUAGGCCUCCGCAACUCAAUAACUUACAAUACAGCACUAGCCUCGUAAUCUUGAGCGCUUAGACAGAGUCAUGCCCUUCAUUUGUUAAUUAUUAUUUCUUGCAGUAAAACUUCAACAGCGAUCAGUUGGGACGAGCUUGGUCCAACUUUUUAGCAAGAAAGCGUCCCUUUACGUAGCCAUGUCUUCUACAGGAGGGGUAUACACUACGGUAAGAUAGUUAACGUCAUUGUUUGUUAUCAUUAACAUUAUCGUUAAAAGUUAUAAUGCUAGGUAAUAUUUCUUCUACUUCAUGAAACAAAUUCGUGGAAAGAUAUAACCAUUGGAAAUACCAGGUGUCUGAGAGGGUACGAGUUUUAAAUGAUACUAACGACUAAGUGAAAAUCUUGAGUGUAUCAAGAGGGUCGGGAAAUUAACCUUUACCGAUGUUAGGCCUACAUUGCGCCGCUAAUAAUUGGUAAAAUGUCUAAUGCCUCAUUAUACAGUGAAAUUCUUUCAUUUGAAAAUUAAUUCGACUUCAGUUGCAGUAAUGCUCGAGCGUAUUUCUUCGUCCAGAGGCUUAUUGGCUACAGUUUUACUGGGAUUUGGUUUUAAAGUGUGAUUGUUAACCUUCAAUCAAUGUCUAUAUUUGAUAGAUUACUAAGCGCAUGUUGUUGUAACAAUUUGCAUGAUUUUGGAAGAAAGUCGCGUCAGUAUAUGUGUUGUUAUUCUCGGGCAAAUAUUGCUUCCCACGUUUAAUAUUCUUGUGAUAAUUUAGUAACAAUUCCUACUUGUUUAUUUAAUGCGUCGUUCGCUUGCCGCAAUAAAAAAGAAAAAAAAAUUGAAAGGAAAUUAAGUGCAUGAUUUAUUACAAGUUGUAAUCUAUUGUGACUGACGCCCCCGAAUAAAAAUGGACGGGUCCAUCGGGUCACGGCCUAUAUCUUUCACAAAUUCCUAACAACAAAAAUCGAAGAGCCGAAAGCAAAUCUGUGAUUUUUCAAAAAAAAGUUAAAGAGAUAUGCAAUCAUUAGUAAUAUUUCACUAACAACUUUUUGUUUGUAUGUUUUUUGCAGGGAUCAUCAACUGACGAAACAAUAUUCCAAGAAACCCACGAACCAGAUGGUCAUCAUACCUUCGCUUCGUAUAAAUAUUACAUUCCAAAAAACAGCAAGUAUAACAAGCCACUCUUUUUAGCCAUUAGGACUCGAACAGGUCACAUGAAGAAUGGGACGAGAACCAAAAGAGGUAACAAAGCUACGCAACUGACGAUACUGAAAGAACAGGACACCUCUUGA